AUGGCGGCAUCCCAGGCCUGGCGCUGCCUUGCAUUGCUGCUCCUGCUGUUCUGUGACCCCACUCACUUGUCCAGGGUGCCCGUGCGGACGCAGAGGAAAGGGAUUGUCGCCGAAGCCAUGCGGAGACUGCAGGAGGUCUUUGACAUUGAGGCCUUGCCCCAUGAUGUCCUGCCUCACAGGAAGCCACCCCAGUUUAUGGUAGAUCUUUUCAAUAAGGUGGCAGAUUCCAAUGGGAUCACGAAGGCCCCAGGGCUGCUGGAGGGCAACGUGGUGCGGAGCCUUGAAGACCGAGAUUAUUUUGAUCAGUCUUAUUUCUACUUCAACAUCUCUUCGGUUGGGAGGAAUGAACAAAUGCUAAAAGCUGAGCUCAGAGUUUUCAAGCUAAAUAAAAACCAUGUGCCUCAAAAAUCUUUUUGGCAACAUUUUCUCAAAGUGGAUGUGUAUGAGCUUUUGGACAGGGGAAGUAAGCCGCAGAGAAGAAAUCUCAUUUCAUCCAGACUAUUGUCUUUGUAUACCGAAGGCUGGGAGGUGUUCAAUGUCACGCAGACAGUUUCCAAAUGGGUUGGAAACAGCAGCACUAACCAUGGCUUUUUGAUCACUACAACUCAUCUAUCUAAAACCAAAAUGGAAUCCAACUUCGUCAAGUUUGCCAAGAGCCGGCACAAUAUGCGAGACAGUAGGAAUGCUUUCUUGGUCCUCUUCACCAAUAAUGACAGACAGAAAUCUUCUAGCUUCCUGCCCUCUUCCACUGAAUUCCAGCCAUCCUUGCCUGCAGAUGAUACUUCAUCACACCUACCUCACCAAAACGAGGUCUUUGCAAACAUCAGAGUGAACAAAAGCAGAAGAAUUCGGGAUACCUCCUCCUUCUCCCCCAAAGACCAAAUUGUGCCAUGCCAGCUCAAUGAUCUCUUCGUCGACUUCCAUGAAAUUGGUUGGGCAGGGUGGAUCAUUUUCCCACGUGGCUACAAGGCUUAUUAUUGCAAAGGGGCCUGCCUGUUCCCCUUAGGGGAAAGUCUAAGAGCGACCAACCAUGCUACUGUCCAGUCCAUAGUGCAUACGCUGAAACUGUCCAAAGACGUCAGCACGCCGUGCUGUGUCCCAGACAAACUGAGUUCCAUCAGUAUUAUGUACUUUGAUGACAAUGAGAAUGUUGUCCUUAAGAAUUAUAAAGACAUGGUGGCCACGAGCUGUGGUUGUCACUAA